AUGGAGUCCUCGAUUCCAUCUCCAGAUCCUACACCUUCGACUGUUACUGCUUCUCCACCAGAUGUGACUGCGCAAUCCCCUGCCUCCUCUGUUCACAAUCCAUUUUCCAGUUCUUUAUCGACAUCCCUCACGAUCAAGCUUGAUCGUGCCAAUUUCCUUUCUUGGAAAUCUCAGGUUGUUCCAGCCGUUAUUGGACAUGAUCUUGAUGCUAUUCUCUUCAAUGGCGUUCCACCUCCUCAAAACUUGAUCAAUGGCAACCCAAAUCCUCUCUAUCAACAGUGGAAAAGACAUGACCAACUUCUUCUUUCUUGGCUUCGCUCUUCAAUGACAGAAGGCGUUCUUGCUUCUGUUGCCAAUCAUCAUACCUCCUUUGCGGUCUGGCGUGCUUUGGAACAACGAUUUGCGAGUCAAUCUCGUGCGAGGCUUUUACAGCUCAAAGGUCAGUUUUCAAAUGUUCAGAAAAGCAAUCUGUCAAUCUCAGAUUAUGUGGAUAAGGUUCAAAAUCUUGCUGAUUCUUUGGCAAUUGCUGGUGCUAAUAUUAGUGAUCAAGAUGUUGUUCUUCAGAUCUUGAAUGGCACAGUGCCUUUAAUUUGA